UCCCGACAGCGGCGCGGCCAGGGUGCGGCGCGCGGGUUCCCGUGCGGACCUGCCCGCACCUCGCGGUUCGACCACCUUCGCUCCGCCUUCCGCCCUUAGCCGGGACCCCGCCCGGAAGGGGCGCCCCUUCCCGGCCUCUGGGCCCCCGCUCCGCUCAGGGCUCUCUGCUGACGCCGGGGCCCAGCCCAGCAGCACCUGGGCUGCUCCCGCCCGGGGCGCCACCCCUCGCGCCGCCUGGAGAACUUUCCCGGGAGCCGCCGCGGCCUGCGCGCCCAGGGCACACCCCCAUCCGCCAGCUGGCGCGUUCCCAGCUUGGGCUCCCGCUUCUCCGCCCGCCGGCGCGCCCGCAAGCCCUCCGACUCCCCACUUCUCAGAAUCUCCCGGAGGAGCAGCACUCCGCCGCCACCGCAAGGCGUUCUCGGAGAGCGAGCUUGAACUUGGCUACACACAGUCCCUCAUGAUGAGUUCCAGGGUUCCCAGACGGGAGCCGUGCCCCGCCGAGAGCUGACUUGCGCUCGCCAGUCUCGGACUGCGGGAGGGGCCGCGGCGCCCCCGCCUUCGGAGGAGCCUGAGCCGCAGGAUGCGCGGGGACGCGCCGCCGCCCUCCGCGCUCAGUUCCGCCGGCGCUUCUCCGGCGGCUCCCGGGCGCUGACUCCACCGGCUUCUCCGCCCUUCUUACCUCCAGCCGGCGCCGGGCGCCUCGUCCGCGUGGCCCGGGACUCCGCCGGGAACCGGCCCUUUCGCCCCGGCCGCCGCGCGGACAAUAAAUUAAUGCCUCGCGCCUGAGGGGAGGGGGCGGCUCGGUGCCUGGGUCGCAGCUUUCUCUCCUGACUGGAGACAGCCACAGCCGACAUGGGCUGCUUCUGCGCUGUUCCGGAAGAAUUUUACUGCGAAGUUUUGCUUCUGAAUGAAUCCAAGUUAACCCUCACCACCCAGCAGCAGGGCAUCAAGAAGUCAACAAAAGGUUCUGUUGUCCUUGACCACGUAUUCCGUCACAUAAACCUCGUGGAGAUAGAUUAUUUUGGGCUGCGUUACUGUGACAGAAGCCAUCAGACAUAUUGGCUGGAUCCUGCAAAAACCCUUGCUGAACACAAAGAACUAAUCAACACUGGACCUCCAUAUACUUUAUAUUUUGGUAUUAAAUUCUAUGCUGAAGAUCCAUGUAAGCUUAAAGAAGAAAUAACCAGGUAUCAGUUUUUCUUGCAGGUGAAGCAAGACGUCCUUCAGGGCCGGCUGCCUUGCCCUGUCAACACUGCUGCUCAGCUGGGAGCUUAUGCCAUCCAGUCUGAGCUUGGAGAUUAUGACCCAUAUAAGCAUACUGCAGGCUAUGUGUCAGAGUACCGGUUUGUUCCUGAUCAGAAGGAGGAACUCGAAGAAGCCAUAGAAAGGAUUCAUAAAACUUUAAUGGGUCAGGCUCCUUCUGAAGCAGAGCUGAAUUACUUGAGGACUGCCAAAUCCCUGGAGAUGUAUGGUGUCGACCUCCAUCCUGUCUAUGGAGAAAACAAAUCUGAGUAUUUCUUAGGAUUAACUCCAGUUGGUGUUGUGGUCUACAAGAAUAAAAAGCAAGUAGGGAAGUAUUUCUGGCCACGGAUUACAAAGGUUCACUUCAAGGAGACACAGUUUGAACUCAGAGUGCUGGGAAAAGAUUGCAAUGAAACCUCAUUCUUUUUUGAAGCUCGGAGUAAGACAGCUUGCAAGCAUCUUUGGAAGUGUAGUGUAGAACAUCAUACAUUUUUUAGAAUGCCAGAAAAUGAAUCAAAUUCAUUGUCAAGAAAACUCAGCAAGUUUGGAUCCAUGAGUUAUAAGCACCGGUAUAGUGGCAGGACAGCUCUGCAAAUGAGUCGAGAUCUUUCUAUUCAGCUUCCUCGGCCAAAUCAGAAUGUGGCAAGAAGUCGAAGCAAGACGUACCCAAAGAGAAUAGCACAAACACAGCCAACUGGCUCAAACAGCAUAAAUCGGGUAACAGCAAACAUGGACAAUGGAGAAAAUGAAGGAACGACUAAAAUUAUUGCACCUUCACCAAUAAAAAGCUUUAAGAAAGCAAAGAAUGAAAACAGCCCUGAUACCCAAAGAAGCAAAUCUCACACACCAUGGGAAGACAACGGCCCCCAGAGUGGACUCUACCACUCUCCCAAUGACCGCAUGAAAUCCCCGAAGUUCCCCUACACGCGCCGCCGAAACCCCUCCUGUGGGAGCGAUGACUCUGUCCAGCCAACGAGGAGGAGGAAAGCCCAUAACAGUGGUGAAGACUCAGAUCUAAAACAAAGGAGGAGGUCACGCUCACGCUGUAACACGAGCAGUGGUAGUGAGUCAGAAAAUUCUAAUAGAGAACACCGGAAAAAGAGAAACAGAAUACGGCAGGAGAAUGAUAUGGUUGAUUCAGCGCCUCAGUGGGAAGCUGUAUUAAGGAGACAAAAGGAAAAAAAUCAGGCGGACCCCAAUAACAGACGAUCCAGACAUAGAUCUCGCUCGAGGAGCCCUGAUAUCCAGGCAAAAGAAGAGUUAUGGAAGCAUAUUCAAAAGGAACUUGUGGAUCCCUCUGGAUUGUCUGAAGAACAAUUAAAAGAGAUUCCAUAUACUAAAGUAGAGACUCAAGGUGACCCAAUCCGCAUCAGGCAUUCCCAUUCGCCUCGAAGUUACCGCCAGUAUCGCCGGUCCCAGUGUUCAGAUGGAGAGCGAUCUGUUCUCUCGGAGGUGAAUUCAAAAACGGAUCUCGUACCUCCACUUCCCGUGACCCGUUCUUCAGAUGCUCAGGGUUCUGGUGGCUCCACGGUUCAUCAGAGAAGAAAUGGAUCUAAAGAUAGCCUGAUUGAAGAAAAAUCUCAGGCAUCUACAAGCAAUUUGGCUGGAAAACACACGGCAAAAACAGUAAAAACUGUCCAAGCUUCACGCCUUAAGCUAGAGACUUGAUGCCAAGGAAGAAGGGCCUGGGAUUGGGGGUGGGAAGGGGUAUGUGCCACCUUUACUUUUAAACUGUGAAUUGUUAAUUAUUCAAGUAUAUUGGACCUGCAAGUGUUUAAGAAAAAAAAAAAAAUCGAACCUGUUGCAUCUUUUAAAGGUUUAACAGCAUAUUUGUGCUGAAGGGCCUUUUUAUUUCGUAACUGGAACAGUCUUGUGAAAACUCAUUCACUUGAUGCCCUAUUUUUC